GCCGUCAACAACGGCAACCGGCUCUACCCCCAGAGCCCGCUCAAGAAGAUCAUGCAGAGACAAUCGCACAUCCUCGGCGACAGCAAAAAGUACUACACCGACCAGUGCCAGUUGGCGAUCGACGAGACAGGCCUAUCUGCACAGAAGGCGACGGCUCUCUUGGCGACUGGGGUGCGGCUUCGACAUUCACUACGGCAGUGCAAAGGCGACAAGAAAUGCAAGGCCCACAGCAUCCUGCAAGGCAGAGCUGGAUCAAUUCACCGCACAGCACUGUCUGCAGUAUAUCCAUGGCUGUUCUGUCUGGCUCUGCUCAUGGACGUUGCAGCGCGCAUCGGCGACGGCGCGGUGCAGCACAACAUCGGCAUGAUCGUUCAGCGCAUCAACAAGAGUCAGUCCCACAUU